CUUCCUGUCUUCAUCUGUCAAGUAAGCUUGAUUAUAGCCAUGGGCAAGGACAUUGAAGUAGGUGGUUUUGCGGCCAAGGACUACCAGGACCCACCGCCAACACCAUUGAUCGAUCCGGAGGAGUUCGGAAAAUGGUCAUUUUACAGAGCCAUCAUUGCAGAGUUCAUUGCUACCCUUUUGUUCUUGUACAUCACUGUGCUCACAGUGAUUGGAUACAAGAGCCAGAGUGACACUCUCAAAGGUGGAGACCAAUGUGGUGGUGUUGGCAUUUUAGGCAUUGCUUGGGCCUUUGGUGGCAUGAUCUUUGUCCUUGUUUACUGCACUGCUGGAAUCUCAGGAGGGCACAUAAACCCUGCAGUGACUUUCGGGCUGUUUUUGGCAAGGAAGGUGUCACUACCGAGAGCUGUAUUGUAUAUUGUGGCUCAAUGCUUGGGAGCAAUAUGCGGGUGUGGACUUGUGAAAUCAUUCCAGAGUGCUUUGUACACUAACUAUGGUGGUGGAGCUAAUGGCCUAGCUGAUGGGUACAACAAAGGCACUGGUUUGGCUGCUGAGAUUAUUGGCACCUUUGUUCUUGUCUACACUGUCUUCUCUGCCACUGAUCCUAAGAGAAAUGCAAGGGACUCCCAUGUUCCAGUAUUGGCGCCACUGCCCAUUGGGUUUGCUGUUUUCAUGGUUCAUCUUGCCACAAUUCCAAUCACUGGCACAGGGAUCAACCCAGCUCGAAGUUUUGGAGCUGCAGUGAUAUACAACAAUGAGAAGGCUUGGGAUGACCAUUGGAUCUUCUGGGUUGGACCCUUUAUUGGUGCAGCCAUUGCAGCUUUGUACCACCAGAACAUAUUGAGAGCAGGAGCUGCUAAGUCUGGGGGUUCUUUUAGGAGCUCGUCCAACAUAUAAUUCUAUCAAGGAGAAUUGAAUACAUAUUAUAUUAACGUGGCAUGGGAGAAUAAUUCGGAAGUUUGGACUUUGGACCCUGUUAUAUGUAUAUUGUUGUGUUUUUUUUAAUGAAAUGUAUAUUGUUGUGUUGAUAUGUCACUUUGUGAACAAAUUAAGGCACUCGUUUUAAAUGUG